AUGGUCUUCCUUCCGCCCAAUAUCAUCUUCCCGGUUAUCGCUUUGGCUGUCCUGAAAGCACUGUGCAUCUCUGCCCGCCCAGUUUCAGAGAAUUCUUCGAAUCCCGCGUAUGCGCGACGCUACUCUGAGCAUGUCCCCCCGAUAGGCUCGGAUACCUUCAAUGCUGGGACCCUCUCCCAUCCCGCCACCAUCGCGGUUGAUCCCUUAGAAGUAAUGUUGGAUGCAUCGGGGCUUGGGUCACUUGAUGGACAUAAUUCCAGUGAUACAGACGAGGGAGAAGGACCACUAGACAAACUUGCCACGGGCCCUGUAGGUCAGAAAAUUAGAUGA